CGUCUAUCGAUUGCUUAACAUAACAUUUCGCCCAUCGCUCGGCUGAAAGACAGCCAUGGCAAAGUGGAUAACGUUGUGUUUUCUCGUAGUCUGCGUGGCAGUUAUCAUCUUAACCCUUGUUGACAAUGCCGAUGCAGCCAGAGGGGGACGAUUUAGUUCACGAAGCGCCCGAUAUGGAACUAGAGUGAGAGUGAGGAACAGGAUCAGUUCAGCUAGGUAUGGUCGCACAAGGUAUGGUGGAACGAGGUACAGUGGAACGAGGUACGGUGGCACCAGGUUCAGUGGCACCAGGUACGGAAGUAGCAGGGUCCGCAUUCGUCAGCGAGUCCGCUACCGAGGCAGCUCAAGGAUGUACAAGGGCAGCUAUGGUCUGACCAGAUCUACAUGGAAGAAUGCCUUCCUGCUGGGAACUAUCUACCACGGCCCGUGGUACCUCCGCUCCCGACGCUAUCACUCUCACCCAAACAACAUGCCGACCAUAUGUCGCAAUAACUACGAGACUGAUGACAACAACACUGUGUACAACCUCUUCUUCUGCCCUCGCUUCUUCGAACCUGACGACUUCCAGUACUGCUGUGGCCCUGAACUUCGUGAAUACUGCUGCAAGUAUUUCGACAGCGCCGGUCGGACUGCAGGAAUCGUGAUCGGCGUGCUGGUGGUGGUGGUCAUCGUUGGGAUCAUCGUGUAUUGCGUAUGUAAGAAGAGGUCGAACCAAGGUGGCAAAGUUUUAAGCCCUUUCUCCAAAUCAGAACCAGCAUAUGCCAUCACCAAUCAGUAUUCCCCUGCACCUACCAUGACGUACGCCGCACCAGUGCAGCCUCCCCCCGCAGAGGCAGGCCCGCCGCCAGGAUACCCUGAUGCAGGUCAAAUGGCCCCCCAGCCCGGAUACCCCCCUCAGCCCGGAUAUCCCCCUCAACCUGGCUACAUACCCCCGCCGGGGCAGCCAGGUGCUCCAGACCAGACGGGGUACUACCCCCCACCUCAAGAAGGAAAGCCUAACCUACCCCCCGGGGAAGUGAGCCAGGGAGGCAUGCCCUACCCUCCACCCCAGGGGGGCAUGUAUCCACCCCCCGCAGGUUACGGAGGAGCCCCACCCGGGUAUGAAGCUGUUUCUACUGGAUACCCACCUCAGCCUCAACCGGGAGUUUACCCCCCACCCACAGGCCCAGGAGGGUACCCCCCACCUAACGCCCCAGGAGGGUACCCCCCACCUAACGUCCCAGGAGCCUACCCCCCACCCCAGCCCUCCGGCUACUGAUGAGGCAGACCCACACAGCUACAGGAGAUGUUGGGAGGAGCUGGCCUUUAUGUAUAUGUUGAAGUUUGGUGAUUAAUUGACUUGAGUCUGGUCAGUUACAUAGGUCCUUCAGGUUUACUGUUAUAAUACUGAUGCUGAUGUGUUUAUUGUCAUCACCUCAUUACUGCCGGUCACAGGUGCUGGGCCCACUUGCACAAAGCGAUCUUAGUGCUAAGACUAUCAUAAGCCUAUGUUAAAGUAUGGGAGUUACGAUCAUCUUAGCGCUAAGAUCGCUUUGUGCAAGUGGGUGCUGGUCUCCGAGGGGAACCGAGUGUCAAUCAGGGGGAAGGAUCGGAACGAUAAUAUAUUCUGAUAAUAUUUAUGAUAUUGUGUAGGUCUGUAUGACUGGCUUUUCUUGAGAGUCAUUCAGGGAGGGUGGUAAUAAAUAUCACACGCAGCCGAGAAUUUGGCCCUCAUGAAUCACUGUUACUACCAGUAGUACCUCUCAAAGCCCCAGAACUUACAGAAGGAAUUCACUGGUGACCGUUAAUCGGUUGUUUUGUUUACUUGUUGUAUAUUACCUUAUUUCAGGCCUUCUUGGUCAUCGUCCUCGGUGGUUCACUUUUGGAUGCAAAUUCUACAGCCUCCCCUACCCUCUGAACUAAGCACUCUACUGACUCCACGGAAACAAUGCUGUGUUCCAGUCACAUCCUACCUCAAGUGUAAUUCAUUGACCUCUUUUCAAAACUGAAAUCUUUCUUCUGGAUGUUUUACAAAACCAUGAAAGAAAUAAAAGAUUCCUAAUCCUGGUGUAAUAAAUCUAAAGCCUUUGAUCCAGAACACCUGUAUUGAUCUGUAAUUUUGAUGGCUGUUGGAAAAUAUUUGGUUAUCAAAAAGGGAAAUAUUUUUUUCAACAGCUUUGACAAAAUCUUAAUUUGUUCAAGAAGUGAACCACGUCUUGACAUGAUAGAAGAAAUAGGUCAGCUGAUCCAGAAUGAGCUGUGUUCAUGUUUGAUCAUGAUUCAUGAUUGUUCCGUAAGGUUAUUUUUGACAGACCUUUUGAAAAAUAAGCAAUCAGAAGUGCCAUUGCUCAACAGAAAACAAUCAAUUUUGUAAUGACCAUAAAAACAAAUAUCUGAUUUUCAGUGUAUAUUUUUGGUUACAGACAAGAUUUUGUACCUGUUUGUUAACUAGAAGUGCCAUGCAUUGUCAACACUUCUUAACACUUGCUACUAAUGUCCGGAUGUCGUAACUUCGUGCCCCCACACACUCACUCAUGCACUUGCUCACUCACGUGUGGGAAAUUGUUAAAAAAAUUAAAAGAAUUGUUUUUGUUUGUUGGGCAGGCAGACAGGGUAAUUAGAGAGGUAGGUCAUAGUCUGUUUGGUGGAUUCUUUACAAGGUUCGUUUCCAGUUGGCUCAAAAUCCCCAAUUUGAGCUCAAAUUAGGUCACUUGUGACGCAGGUGUUAAUUGGCUGACCAAUGGGGGAUUAAUGUAGAGUCUGUUCCAUCUCCUGGACCUAACAGAUACAGAUGGUUCUCACUCACGAUAUUGGCACUAACAACACAUCAUGAUUGGUAAUCAAAACUUUCAGACUUUCGAACUUUCAAAAUUCAACUUUGAAAUGGUAACUUCAGCUUUUAAGCUUUCAAGCUAACAAGCAUUCACCAGACAGGAACAGACUAUAAUCCACCAGCCCUAAUCCCCCCCCAAAUUUCAGUUUUGAGUCAACUGGGAGACCCCCUUUACAAGAAUAUUUAGUGAUGGUUGAAAUGUGAAGUAUAGUCAUCAACGUUUAAGCUCUAACUUUGCCUUGUUCCUACAUGUAGUAACCGUUAUGCAAAUUGUUGGAAGGAGCUUAAUGUAGAAAUUCUAUAAGCUUAUUGUAGAUGGUUUCAGAAUGUUGCCUUUAAGCAGAAUAGUCUGCAAUGAAUGUGUACAUGAACUUGGUGACAUGGUGUCAAGGUGCCCAGGUUUCCCUAUGGCUGUACAUGAUGACUGCCAACUUCCCUCAGUGUAACAGGGACUUCUGAAUGCUUCAUGUCCAGGAACAACAUGGGGGAGGAAAUCUUUAUGUUGCCGUACUGAAACCUGGUGUCUCUCAAUAUUGUGGAGGGGCUUUUUGGUCUAGUGUGCUUAUAGUAUUUGAGAUCAUGUUGAGUGAAGGGUUUGAUUGCUGCCUGAGAAUAUUGUUAAAUAGAUAUCUUGAAGGAGUUUGUAACAGAAGCCAUAACUCGUUUCUUUGAAUGCAUCCCCGGUAUGUUUUAGUCUUGUUUUUAUACACAGUACCUCCGACAGCUUUAUUGUCCACGAUAAAUGCAGGUUUUUGUUACCCGUGUAAUUGGCUAGACUGCAGUUGGCUGAUGCUCGAUAAAUGCAGGUUUUUGUUACCCGUGUAAUUGGCUAGACUGCAGUUGGCUGAUGCUCGAUAAAUGCAGGUUUUUGUUACCCGUGUAAUUGGCUAGACUGCAGUUGGCUGAUGCUCGAUAAAUGCAGGUUUUUGUUACCCGUGUAAUUGGCUAGACUGCAGUUGGCUGAUGCUCGAUAAAUGCAGGUUUUUGUUACCCGUGUAAUUGGCUAGACUGCAGUUGGCUGAUGCUCGAUAAAUGCAGGUUUUUGUUACCCGUGUAAUUGGCUAGACUGCAGUUGGCUGAUGCUCGAUAAAUGCAGGUUUUUGUUACCCGUGUAAUUGGCUAGACUGCAGUCGGCUGAUGCUCGAUAAAUGCAGGUUUUUGUUACCCGUGUAAUUGGCUAGACUGCAGUUGGCUGAUGCUCGAUAAAUGCAGGUUUUUGUUACCUGUGUAAUUGGCUAGACUGCAGUCGGCUGAUGCUCGAUAAAUGCAGGUUUUUGUUACCCGUGUAAUUGGCUAGACUGCAGUCGGCUGAUGCUCUGCAGUCAGCAGCAGGAAGUAUCAAUCAAUUCAUUGUAUCCCUAUUGGUUUUUAAACUGAAAAUAUUGAAGUUAAGUUUCCCAAGGGGUGUCCCCGUAUAUUGUGAUGCUAUUGUUAGGACAGAUCGUUUAGAUUCAGGUGUUCGGUGCAGUUUUGUCACCAGGACCAUGACGUUUUGUCUUACGUAUUUACAUCAGUUUGAUAUUAGUUGUUCAUCUUUUUUACAGCCUAUUUAUGCUGAUUGUAUAUAUAAUGUUUAUUUCUUCACAUAUUUUCAUUAUACAUCAGCAAUUUUGUAAAAUGUUACAUUGCUAUAUUGCAUGUCGUGACUUUCUUUAAAUGUAAAAACUUAUGUCAAUUUCAAUCUUAAUAUUUUUUAUUUCAUACUACCUGGAUGAUAAAGUUCAUCAACUACGUCCAAUGUACACAAGACUGUUUUACAAUUGAUGUUUCUUACAGACAUAAAAAACAUUACAUAAAAAACUAUUUCCGUCUAUUUGAGACAUUUUUUGUCACCCGGAAGAAGGGUGUACUGAACAGUCUGACCUACUUAAAACUGUUACGUGUAUCUAUAUGUGACUUGGAGUGUUUGUUUUUGUUGUUUGACGCCACACUCAGCAAUAUUCCAGCUUUAUGACAGCGGUCUGUAAAUAUCGAGUCUGGACCAAACAAUCCAGUGAUUGACAUGAGCAUCGAUCUAGGCGAUUGGGAUACAAUGACAUGCAUCAACUAAGUCAGCGAACCUGACCACGCGAUCCGGUUAGCAACUCUUAUGACAAGCAUUGGUUGCUGAAGUCCAGUUCUAACCCAGAUCUUCACUGGGAGUGGAUUUGCCCCAGUAUUUUGAUAUUCCUUCAUGUAGCACAUUCUAAAGAACCCUCCAGGUACAUGGUCCAAGGGAGGUAACUCUAAGUCCUCUAUGCAGUGAUGUGCUAGUCAGCGUAAGGAGUUAAACAAGGGUGGCUGAGGUUUGUUAUGUUUGUGAAUGUACUCCAUCAACAGGAGAUUAACGUCAAUCAGUGUCGUCAAGAUGUGUCGACAUCUGUACUCCGCAACAUCAAACUAUAGUCAGUUUAUGGCAGCCAACUGUGCAAGUACACUGUUUGGAGUUUCAACCAAUGCAAAAUGUUGAUUGGUUAGUCUAACAUAUUUAUAAUUGUUAUCACAUUCUUUUUUAUUUCUAACUUGAUGUACAAAUAUAUUCUCAGAAAACCAUACAUGUCAGUUAAAAUUUUAAUAUAAUUGCAAAACAAUAAUUAGAUAUCAUCUUCCAGUAAUUUUAUAUAGGUGAAAUUACUAAAAGUAAAAGACACCGGCAGCUUGGAGUGUUUCUCUGAAUGACACAACCGAUAUUGGUCUGUUAAGAUGUUUGAGAGGAUUGCACACCACGUAACCUGCGAACAAGCCCUCCUGCACCGUGGGUCAUCCAGACUGCUUUCUCCGUUCCAACAUCAUCAGCUCUUAGUCCAAAUAACCAGUGUGUUUCCUCGUCCAAACCUAUGUGAUGUGAUGUAUUUUUCUAUUUCGUUCAUUGAAGAAACAUUUUGCCUGUGUUCAUGUUUCUAUAUGAAGAGUUUUAAGCAUCCAUUUUUGUAUUUUGCUCUAAAUUGACGAAUGCUGAGGGUAUGAGACUCCUAUCCUCCAUUUUGGAUAGAAUUCCCUUUAACAUUUGAACAGUUCUAUGAAAUGAAUAUGUUGAAGUUACAGAUAUGUCAAAUUGAUGUUGAAAUUAAACUUUGAAAAAUGUUUGUAAUAUAAUUUUGAAUGGACUUGUUAGUUUUGAUGGAUAAGUUUUAUAACAUAAUUUCAGUGACCAGAAAAAAGUGUCAGUUUUCAUUUUUUGAUGUUGUGCUUUGAAGUUUUGCCUUGCUAUCCAUAUUGGAUCAACUAUGAUGAAUAGAAAUUAUUCGGCUUUUAUGAUUGAUGUAAGGCUUGUUUGAUUCUCUACUGUGAUUGGCCAUAUAUUCUGUCUUGUAUAUUUUAGUAUCUGAAUAAAUUUUUUAAACUUA